GCUGCGGGGGCGGAGAAGUGGCGGCUGAAGCGCCGCCGGCGGGGCUCUCUAUCGCCGAGUGAGUGGGAGGCGGCGGCGCUGGUGGCUGCAGCUGGGGUGAGGCGCGAGGCAGCGCACUCGACGGCUGACUGGAGCAGCGGAUAUAAGUCAGAGUACAGCAGAAAAUGUCUACUGAACGGACUUCUUGGACAAGCCUGUCCACCAUUCAGAAGAUAGCCCUGGGCCUUGGGAUCCCAGCCAGUGCAACAAUUGCCUAUAUCCUAUACCGCAGGUAUAGGGAAAGCAGAGAAGAGCGGCUGACAUUUGUUGGGGAAGAUGACAUUGAGAUAGAGAUGCGGGUUCCCCAGGAGGCUGUGAAACUCAUCAUUGGCCGGCAAGGAGCCAAUAUUAAACAACUGCGGAAACAGACAGGUGCUCGGAUUGAUGUGGACACAGAGGAUGUAGGCGAUGAGCGAGUGCUGCUUAUCAGUGGUUUUCCUGUUCAGGUGUGCAAGGCCAAAGCAGCAAUCCAUCAGAUCCUGACAGAGAAUACCCCAGUGUCUGAGCAGCUUUCAGUUCCCCAGAGAUCUGUGGGCAGAAUCAUAGGGAGAGGCGGCGAGACAAUUCGUUCUAUCUGUAAAGCCUCUGGAGCCAAAAUUACCUGUGACAAAGAAUCAGAAGGGACAUUACUACUAUCAAGACUUAUAAAAAUCUCAGGAACACAGAAGGAAGUGGCAGCAGCCAAGCAUUUGAUACUGGAGAAAGUUUCAGAAGAUGAAGAACUUCGGAAGAGAAUUGCUCAUUCUGCAGAAACCAGAGUCCCACGCAAACAGCCAAUCAGUGUGAGAAGAGAAGACAUGACAGAGCCAGGUGGAGCUGGAGAGCCAGCUUUAUGGAAAAACACCAGUUCUAGCAUGGAGCCGGCUGCACCCCUGGUGACUCCUCCACCCAAAGGAGGAGGCAACAUGGCUGUGGUAGUGUCAAAGGAAGGUUCCUGGGAGAAACCUAGUGAUGACAGCUUUCAGAAGUCGGGAGCCCAGGCCAUCCCAGAGAUGUCCAUGUUUGAAAUCCCCAGUCCUGACUUCAGUUUUCAUGCUGAUGAGUACCUAGAAGUCUACGUUUCUGCUUCUGAGCACCCUAACCACUUCUGGAUCCAGAUCGUUGGCUCCCGCAGCCUGCAAUUGGAUAAGCUUGUCAAUGAGAUGACUCAGCACUAUGAGAAUAGUGUGCCUGAAGACUUGACUGUGCAUGUAGGAGACAUUGUAGCAGCACCUUUACCUACAAAUGGUUCCUGGUAUCGAGCUCGGGUCCUCGGCACCUUGGAGAAUGGGAACUUGGACCUCUAUUUUGUUGACUUUGGAGAUAAUGGAGAUUGCCCACUGAAGGACCUCAGGGCUCUCAGGAGUGACUUCUUAAGCCUUCCAUUUCAAGCAAUAGAAUGUAGUCUGGCACGGAUUGCUCCCUCAGGUGACCAGUGGGAAGAGGAAGCUUUGGAUGAGUUUGAUAGACUCACUCAUUGUGCUGACUGGAAGCCUCUGGUAGCCAAGAUCUCUAGCUAUGUCCAGACUGGGAUCUCAACUUGGCCGAAGAUCUACUUAUAUGAUACUAGCAAUGGGAAGAAACUUGAUAUUGGGCUAGAAUUAGUACACAAAGGAUACGCAAUUGAGCUUCCUGAAGACAUAGAAGAAAACAGAGCUAUCCCAGACAUGUUGAAGGACAUGGCCACAGAAACAGAUGCCUCUCUCAGCACCUUGCUCACUGAGACCAAAAAGAGCUCUGGAGAGAUAACACAUACCCUGUCCUGCCUCAGCUUAUCAGAAGCUGCUUCUAUGUCUGGUGAUGAUAACCUUGAAGAUGACUACUUACUCUGAAGUCUGGGCUUCAGCUUGCUCAGCCAUCUGCUUUGCUGUGUGAGUGCAGCUAUCAUCUAUCUGUAGCAACAGGAAAGUAAUGAGGGUGACAGUGGGGCACUUGCUUUGAUUCCCUCUUUCCCGUGCCCUGUCUUAAUAUACUCUGCAGCUGCUUUCCUGCAGCUUAACUUGCUCUCAGAUUGAGCACUUUCAAGCUUUUUGUGUAUUUCUGUGUUUGGCAGGAUUUGGCAUAGGAAUUGGUGCCUGGAGGAGAGGAGUGUAUGAUAAAGGAUCCAUACAGUCCUUCCUUUAUUACACAUACAGUCUGGCUUGUUGUGGACCAAAUUCAUAUUCUCCUCCCAUCAGACUACAAAAAAAUUGGACUACCACACUACAAGUGUGUCUCCCCCAUUCCACCUCCUGCUCCUGAUCGCUCCCCAACCCUCCAGUGUUUGAAUACUGCUGUGUUACUUCCAGGCCGUUCAACGUCAGGCUCAGUCCCCUCUACCAGUCAUGAUGCACAUUACUGCUAGGCUGUAUCCUUUUCGAGGCUGGGAAAUAGGCUUUCGUCAUUGGAAGGGAUGAUUCUGCAGACUUCUGACUCACCUUAUCAGGGGACUCUGGUUAAGGAAAGCUUUUGAUCACUUCUUGGCCUUUUGGCUAAGAUCAAGUGUAGGAAAGCUUUUGAGUGGUGAACUCAAAGACCCCAGUUGAAUCAGGAGGCAAAGGCAAAAAUUAGCAUAAUUAUAUUUAAAAGCCUCAGGAAGUGGGAAGAGAAUACUGCCUCCCAGCCUCAAUUGCUGAUAUGUUAUUGAAGACAGGCUUUUGAAACUGCUCCAGCUAUUUCUCUGUAACCUUUAGUUAAAAUAUAAGUAGAAAGGAGACAGGAGGCUCAAGAAAUUUUCUAAAUUGCUAGUAUAAUAUCUAUAUGUAUGCACACAUAUCCACCCGUGGAGAGAGAGGAAGAGUAUACAGUCCUGUUUAAAUCAUUUGGAGGAUUUUUUUGCUGAAUAAAGUUCUCAAGAAAAUUUUCUAAAACCAAAUUCUGAUUGACUCACAAGGUGGAAGCAGGAUGUGAGCCUAAAUCUGGUGAAAACUGCCAACUGCCUCACAGAAAGCCCAUCUAUGAAACAAGUGUCCCUCCCAUAUACACAUUGAUAUUGUUUCUCUAAAGUCACUUCAGAAAUAACCAUUCACUGGCUGGGCACGGUAGCUCACACCUGUAAUCCCAGCACUUUGGGAGGCUGAGGCAGGCAGAUUACUUGAGGCCAACAUGGUGAAACCCUGUCUCUACUAAGAAUACAAAAAAUUAGCCAGGCAUGGUGGCAUGCACCUGUUGUCUCAGCUGUGUGGGAGGCUGAGGCAGGAGAAUCGCUUGAACCCGGGAGGCGGAGGUUGCAGUGAGCUGAGAUUGUGCCACUGCACUCCAGCCUGGAGUGACAGAGAGAGACUCUGUCUCAAAAAAAUACAAAAAUUAGCUGAGCGUGGUGGCAGGCACUUGUAAUCCCAGCUAUUCGGGAGGCUGAGGCACAAGAAUCACUUGAACCUGGGAAGCGGAGGUUGCAGUGAACCCAGAUCACACCACCACACCGCCAGCCUGGGUAACAGAGCAAGACCUUGUCUCAAAAAAACAAAUUCACUAGGAACCCGAACCAGUUUAGGUUUAGGCUGUGUGAGUAAGACCCCACCUAUACUAUUCAAAAGAAAAGGCGGCUGGGCGCUGUGGCUCACGCUUGUAAUCCCAGCACUUUGGGAGGCCGAGGUGGGCGGAUCACGAGGUCAGGAGAUCGAGACCACGGUGAAACCCUGUCUCUACUAAAAAUACAAAAAAUUAGCCAGGUGUGGUGGCGGGCGCCUGUAGUCCCAGCUACUCGGAGAGGCUGAGGCAGGAGAAUGGUGUGAACCCAGGAGGCGGAGCUUGCAGUGAGCCGAGAUUGAGCCACUGCACUCCAGCCUGGGUGAAAAAGCAAGACUCCGUCUCAAAAAAAAAAAAAGGCCCAGAUUAAGAUUCUAGAAACCUGGAUUCUAGGAACAGCUCUGGUAAGUAGCUCAUGUAGUCUUGGAGGAAUCUUUAAGGAGUAGAUCUCCACUGUAAACUUUUUGCAAAAUUUUAAUGUGUUUCCUUAUAGCAUCUUUCCAUUUCUGACAGUACUGUGAGGCUCAAAUGAGAGGCUUGAAGUACUUGAGGUGCUUCAAAGUAAAUAUAAAUGUAUAGUAAUGUGGAUGGUAGAAAAAUGGCAAGUGAACUUUUUUUAAGGAUAAAGCAAGAUAAACUAGAAAAUUUAAAACUAGCACAUAAGGAUGCCUUACACAGGUCUUUUUUUUAAAAUUUAGGGAUUAGUAACGUCUACCUAUAUACUACAUGGCAACUAUAUUUUCUCAUAACCACAAUUCUCAAAAUUUAUUUUCUCAGAAAAAUCUCAGUAUUAGCCAGGCACCAGUGGCUCACGCCUAUAAUCCCAACACUUUGGGAGGCUGAGGCGGGCAGAUUGCUUGAGCUCAGGAGUUCAAGACCAGCCUGGCACCAUGCUGAAACCCCAUCUCUACCAAAAAUACAAAAAAAUUAGCCAGGCAUGGUGGUGUGUGCCUGUGGUCCUAGCUACUUGAGAGGCUGAGGUCGAGAAUCGCUUGAGCCCAGGGGAGCAGAGGUUGCAGCGAGUGAGCCAAGAUUGCACCACUCCACUCCAGCCUGUGUGACACAGCAAGAUGCUGUUUCCAAAAAAAGAAAAGAAAAAUCUCAGUCCCAAUUAGCAGAAAGGCUCUAGUGAAGGAACAGCUCUGGUGAGUAGUUCAGGUACUCUUGGAGGAAUCUUUAAGGAGCUUCCAUUUAUUUGAUGUUUCAGAUGUUGGCUGCAAUGAACUCGCUGAAGCAUGCUCAGCCCUGGAACUGGUGCUACCAGAGUUCCUUAGGGAACCUUUACUCUUAAGAUAGAGGUCCCUGAUAUAAAUCAUUUAUAAGACUUCCUACCCUGAAAAUGAGUAAUGUCUCAUUCUUACCUGCAGUUUGUUACUAUGUAUAAAAGUCUUUUUCUUUAAUAUGCCUUUAAGUCUUACCUGUUUACAGCCCAUUCUGAUGGGUUCUUUUGUCAUUCUGUUAGUAUAACCCAGUACUUUUCCUGCUGCCUGGAAUGCCCUCUUCUAUGUCACCUAUUUUGUCCAUUGAGAUCCCCCAACUUGGGCCAAAGCCAAGGGAUCUAUGUGCCUUCUUUGGUUUUCUCCACAUCUGUAGCACCUCAACUGAAAUAUAUGGAUAAAAACAGCCCAACAAA